UCUCUGGCUGGUCACGUGACGUAGCUGGAACCGUUCCAUGACAACAUGUCAGGUUGCUAAGUUAGCUAGUAAGCUAGCUGCACUUAGCGGACCAAAUGAUAUGGCUAUAGAAGACAAAACGGUUUGCUACGUUCCAGCGACGAAACAACCACGAAGUCAGGGAGAUGGAUCGGCCGUGUCAGAUAUUGUAAAGACAACCCCGGACUCAGACGACAGGAUAGCGUGACAAAUACUCCAAAUGAAGCAACGGCCAUUCAGCUUUUUGGCCCUGCCAUGGCAGCCGGUGUCAGCAUACUGAGCGACCUGCCCUACUCCGACAGUGGAGCUCGCAGUGGAGAGAUCGGCAGAGAGAUGGAGACAGCCAAUACCAGGGUCCCUACAGCCAAGUACACCAAGAUGGGGGAGACCCUGAGGCACGUCAUCCCCGGUCACAUGCAGUGCUCCAUGGCCUGCGGAGGGAAAGCCUGCAAAUAUGAGAACCCCUCUCGCUGGAGCGAUGAGGAGCAAGCCAUCAAAGGACUCUACUCGUCCUGGAUUACUGACAACUUGCUAGCUAUGGCAAGGCCUUCCACUGAAAUCAUAGAGAAAUAUAAUGUAAUGGAACAAUUUCGAAGGUGUGGUUUGAAGACGGUCAUUAACCUGCAGCGGCCCGGAGAACACGCCAGCUGUGGCAACCCGCUGGAGCCGGGGAGUGGUUUCACUUAUCGACCCGAAACCUUCAUGGAGGCAGGAAUUUAUUACUACAACUUUGGGUGGAAGGAUUACGGUGUGGCUUCUCUGACUACGAUCCUUGACAUGGUAAAAGUCAUGUCAUUUGCCGUCCAAGAGGGGAAAAUGGCUGUCCACUGCCAUGCCGGUCUUGGAAGAACAGGUGUGUUGUUGGCUUGUUACUUGGUUUUUACAUCCCGGAUGAGCGCCGACCAAGCCAUCCUGUUCGUGCGAGCCAAGAGGCCCAACUCCAUCCAGACCAGAGGCCAGCUUCUGUGCGUCCGGGAGUUCGCCCAGUUCCUGGUUCCCCUCCGAAGCGUCUUCUCCUGCGCAGAACCCAAAGCGAGUGCCGUCACCCUGUCCCAGUAUCUCACCCGCCAGCGCCACCUGCUGCACGGCUACGAGGCCCGACAGAUGAAGCACGUGCCAAAGGUUGUCCAGCUGGUGUGCGGGCUCCUUGUGGACAUCGCAGCCGACAGACAGGUGGUGAUCGAGGAGGAGUGGCUGGAGAUCCCCGACCUGACAGCCGAGGUGGAGAAGACCGUGUCCCAGCAGGCCCUCCAGCAGCUUGGGAAGGAGAUGAGGGGGAAGGGGAUCCCUGUCCCUCCUUGCUCGUCUCAUCCCCUCGGCCCACCAGCUAUGCAGUCCGGACCCCCUCAUGAUCAGCCCCUCGCCAGCGAUAAUGAGCUUGACCCUCUGUGGAGGAGCCAGAAUGCAGGAACACCCCUGAAGUCCUCCCUGUCCAACAACAGGAGACUCAGUUACAGCGAUUCUGUCCUUCACAAACUUGGACAACGGCAGCACCAUUUAGGAAAUCUGAAGAGCAACAAACCAAUGAACCGCUUGACUAGACAUUCCUGGUCUCACAGCAGCCUCACAGCCUGUAUCCCCCCCAGAUUUUACGACCCCUCUCCUCAGGACACCAUCAGCAGCAUUCAGGGCCUGGAUACAGACGCAAAGCAAGACACAGGAUCCCACUUAUUAAAAAAGCCACUACGCAAGGUGCAUCGGAGUUUGCCUCUGGACCUGUCAGACCAGGGAAGAACAACUCACUGUGAGGCUGUGCUGCCAGCCUUAUCCAACAGGAGCAAAGCGUUGACCGGCGAGGAGCAGACGGAUGUGGACGUGUCAGCGGGCGGCGGAGACAAAGGGAAUGUCAGAGAGGUUCCCUUCAUCACCUUCCAGUCUGAGCUGUCCCCAGAGGGCAGACGCCUGCUGGUGGCCAAAGCACUGGCCAUGGACCUGACGGACAAAGAUUUCACCUCCAAGGUCUCAAUGUGGCAGAAUGAGCUGAACUCCAGAGAGGGAGCGUGGGAGAGGCUGUGCGUGGAGAGAGAUCCUCUGGUCCUCUCCGGUCUGAUGUGGUCCUGGCUGGAGCAGCUCAAGGAUCCAGUCAUUAGCAGUGAGGAUGUAAAAGCCCUCAGCGAAAAGAACGUCAACCCACAGAAUGCCCUGGACUCGCUGGAAAAGGGCCACAGACUCACUCUGCUCUGCAUCCUCGACUGUGCUGCUCAUCUCCUGCCGAUGCCUGAAGAAGUGGAGGAUAGUUUUCUUAACCAAACAAUCAAAGUGUUUACUAAGAUGGACCCCGCCUCAGAGAAGAGUGAGUCUCUAUACGCGACACUCAAAGAAACCCUAACCCCGGUCCUUCAUGAGCUGCGCCACAAAGCUGUGGAGGAGAACGAGGACUCCUGAUCCGGGUCUCAACGGGACCGGUCUGACGAGUGGAGAGAAGACUGGCAAACAGGGUUCCACUUUCACUUUUGGGCAUUAAUGUAUUUUAAAUCAGUUCCUAUCAUCAGAUACUGCUGAGAUCUGCCAAUCUUUAGUCUCUCAAGACAUUUGAAGACUGUGUAAUUUGACGGUUAAGCGUUUUUGUGUUCCUUUUGAAGCUCUUAAUAGUCUCUAAGCACUGCCAUCCUCUCUGUUAAUGUGCCACCGUGCUCAGUUUUUUGUUUGUCAUCUCUUCUAGGUGUAAUAUUUGUGGUGGACUAGAUGUUGCUUUUAUUAUCAAACUGUUAUUCUGUAGGAAGAUGACUGAGAAACGUUCUCACGACUUUAACGUGGCGCUAUUUAAACGUGUGACUCAGGCUGUCAAAAAGCCGCCGGUCUUUUACUUGUUAUUUAAACCAAAACAAUGUUUUUACACUGUGCAGAUGCUACAACGUGUCUUAUUUAUUCAAUUCUCCCUAUUUGAAAUGCAGCGAUGGGUUAGAUACCGACGAGCUGCACGGUCGGCUUUGUUCAAGUAGAAUGUAAAGUGUUUUCUUAGAGUGUGUCUAAACUGUGGCUACUGUUGUGGCAAUGCAAAUUCAACGGGCCACAAGGUGCAUUUUCCUAAUCAAUUUUUAUGUCCUCAUAUAACGCGUGCACCAAAAAAUAUAUACUGUUCUGUUGCAUUUGUCAAACAUCGAUCUGCCUCCACUGCAUUUAGCACAGUGCUGCCUGCCUCAACUCCACUGGCCUCUUGCCUGUGUCCUGCUGCUGCUGUGUGUGUGUGUGUGUGUGUGUGUGUGUGUGUGUGUGUGUGUGUGUGUGUGUGUGUGUGUGUGUGUGUGUGUGUGUGUGUGUGUGUGUGUGUGUGUGUGUGUGUGUGUGUGUGUGUGUGUGUGUGUGUGUGUGUGUGUGUGUGCGUGUGACGAUUCGGUGGACGCCUCUCACCUCAAAUGUCUUGUGUGUGGAUACAAUGUAAUGUAGAUCUGCUGACAUGUUCUGAAAGUGGAACACUGAUGCUAAUAGUAAUAAUAACUUAAUGGACAUGAGACGUUGUACUGUGGGGAAUUUUUCCGACAAGCACUAUUUUUUUCAUUGUUACAAACGGGCUACUUCUUACGGAAUUAAACACAACUUACUGA